CAAAUAAGCAUGUCGCGAAUCGGUUUAACUCUCCCACCUCAUACCGGUGUCAGCUUCACGAAGACAAUUCAUCAUGACACCUACCCCUUCAUCGACCCUCUCAAAUCUUCCGGUUUCCACAAAUCACACUCCGUUUUCAUCACCGGUGCAUCCAAGGGCAUAGGCCGCCAAACCGCUAUCUCGUUCGCUCAGUCUGGUGCUUCGAAAAUUGCAAUCGGCGCCCGUUCAUCCCUCGACUCUGUUGAAUCUGAGAUCCUCGACGCUGCCUCAAAGGCAGGGCACCCAGCGCCACAGGUCAUGAAGAUCCAACUCGACGUACUCGACAAGGAGAGCGUGAAACGUGCGGCACAACAGGUGGACAAGGCAUUUGGUGAAGGAGGGCUGGACAUAUUGGUCAACAAUGCUGCGUGGCUGGAGACGUUCAAACCGAUGGGUGAUGCUGACGUGGAUGAUUGGUGGUAUACAUGGGAGAUGAACGUCAGAGGGGUGUUCUUGAUGACACAUGCAUUCCUCCCGUUGUUGCUCAAGAGCAAGGAGAAGACGAUAUUGAACUUGACUUCAAUCGGGGCGCAUUUGACAGCCCCAGGGGCGUCGGCAUAUCAAUCUAGCAAGCUUGCCGUCAUACGUUUGACUGAGUUCAUGAUGGUGGAUUAUGGAGCCCAAGGCCUUCUGGUAUACACUAUCCAUCCUGGUGGCGUGCCCACCGAUAUGGGGCUCCGCAUGCCCGAAGAGGCCCACGUCGUCUUGAUCGAUACGGCUGCACUCUCUGGGGAUUCAAUUGCUUUCUUGACUCGAGACAGAAGACAAUGGUUGGCUGGCCGUUACAUUAGUUGUACCUGGGAUAUGGAGGAACUCUUGGAGAUGAAAGACGAGAUCGUGGCGGGAGACAAGUUGAAGGUUCGGAUGGUAGUAUAAUUCCGUCGUACACUCUAAACACGAUCUUUGCCCGGGUUAGCGCGCUUUGGACAACAGAGAUAUUCCUCCUCCUCAUUUUAAG